AGAUGUCAAUCAUCCAUGGAGAUGCAUAUGAUAAGAAACAUUUUUUACAGCCAAAUAGCAACUCUGGAAAGUGUGCACCAUUCUGUUUACUUGAUUUGGCUGAAAUAUUUCAAAUUUCUGCUUCUAUCCUGUAAAUUAGGCAUGAGGAAUUAUUGAGAAUUUUCUUUGUCAGAUUACACUUUUGAGAACUUCCUCAUGCAGAUGAUUUGGAAACGAUGGAACCUCGUUGGAAGAUGGCUCAGCAAUGGAUAGGUUUCCGAGGACGUCACCACAGUCCCAAGAGUCCCUUGUCCGCCAUUUUGAGUGUCUGAAGCAAUUUAGCGUCUAUGUCAACAAAGCAAGGAAGCCGCUUUCGUCCGAUAAUAAUGGCCACACAUGCCUAGUUUGGGGCUAUACUAACCGCGCUGAAUCCGGGCUAACAAACAGGUAGUAUUUUGAUAUUCCAAAGGUCGUUGUCAACCAGGGAAGUAAAACUAAGCGUCUACCACCGAGCAGGAUUUCUUCCUGAUCCAACAAAGAGACACUAUAAAGUUUCCUCGGAUAAUUUUAACGCGUAACGUUUUCAAUUAAAUACUUGAGGCAACAAGGAAUGAAUAAACUAUGUCUUCUACACAAAGGUAUGACAGAGAAUUCCUUAUUAUAAAGACUUUAAGAGAAAAAAAAUUGACUUACAUUUUUAACUGCAUAGGGCGGUAACCGCUGAGACCUCUCUUCUAUAACUGUCUUGUUAUCCCGUAAUUUUACCGAAGCCUCGACUGCAAAAAGAAGGGCAGACACGUGUGAACACACUUCUCCAAGACCGGCCAUACAAGUACAACGACCGGAGAGAACGUAGCCAUCUUUUUGGGAUAUGAUCCAGGGACGUAGUAGUGGAUCAGUAGACCGCUGAUAUUGUCUUACUCGAGCCGCCAUUACACACUGAUUACCGAUCAGCCGUUGCCGUACAUCUUGAACCCACCCACUCACUAAGUCAUUGUAGGCUUGUAGAGACUUGUAAGCCUUUAGUUCAUCAUGGGUAUAUGCGCUCACAGAAUUCAUGAGAUAAUUAACGAUAUCCGAUGUGUAACGUCAGGGUAGCCUUCCGCAUCGUCACACCAGUCGCUUGCUUGAAAUUCAUAUGGAUUUUUCUCGCCCAUGUCCUUCAAUUUCUCCAAGUAUCUGCCUCUGCUUAAAGCAUCAAAGUGUUUUUGUCCACUACAUUUACAUUCGCUUUAAACGAUGUCAUAACUUUUACACCAAAUGGAAAAUUUAACAAUAGAAUAAACUUCACGCUUCACCUAUGUUCUCUGAACUCUAAGACACAGUAUGGCAUCCAUCGCAAGGCAUGAUGGGUGAUCGGAAACCUAUCCAUUCUGCUUCACCCAAAAAAAAAGUCAGUGUUUUUUUUUUAUCUUUGCCCACUCUCAACACUUGAGUUUGGGCCUUUCACUGGCCCUUUGGCUUUCCACAGCCAUAAAUGGAGACUGACGCACGAAUUGAGUUGGGUCCCCGGGGUGAGGCCGACACAGAUGGGUUCAAAUUCUGAAAACAUUGCAUGCGGUACAAUAGAUGCCAAAUGAAGUACUUUUGUUUGUCUUUACCAUAACUGUCAUGAGCAAGACUUGGCCUCUGCCAAGAGGGGUGACAUCUGUCACCAGUCAGAGCUGUUUUACAUUCGGACUGUAAUUAGACAGGCAUUUAAGUUGGCAUUUUUGUCGCUGGCAUUUGCCAGUUCGUUGCCUUGGGUUAGUGAGUUGCAUUCACUGUCUGUGGGACUCUCCACUCCUAUGCGCAAGUUAGAGUAACCCUAGUCACAGCGAUUGUGUGCCCUUGAGUUUGAUCCUGUCCUGCUGAAUUUGUUAGUUUGCCCCAGAGUCAUCAGACCUUGCUGUAUGUCUUUUGGAUCUCGCUUAGCCUAGCGUUUCUGUGCCUCUGCCUUGUCAGACAGCUACACCGUACAUGACCCAGUUUCCCGGAAUAAACCACAUUGAACAUUAUGCCUCUGUCUCAAAGUCCUGCAUUUGGGUCCGCCCUUGUACUGGAGGUUCGUGACAAUAACAGAACAAAAUCAGUUCAGAUAUACUUUUUGACUUUCAAAAGCACAGACACAAACACAGCUGGCACUUUGUAUUAAUCAACUUCACGAAGGAUGGUGGGGGGCACGACCCAGGGCACGAAAACCACCACCUUCACCACUCGACCCCAAGCGUGGACGAGAGUACAAUUAAAAGGCACAAAAAUAUGUGGCAAAUCCAGUGUAUAAAUCCGUGUUUGCAUCAUUACCAAAGCAACAACGAGCAGGAACUGAAACAAAGAAAAACAGCUCAGAAUAAGAAUAAGAUGGAAUUUCUAAGAAUGAAACUAAACACUCAUUAAAUGUAAUAAGUAAACACACAUAGGUAAAGCAAAGAAAAACUGUUGGAGAGAUGGAGGGUUGUUAUUCACAUCUUAAAGAAGUAUAAUUUUAAAGUAAAAAAGUUUCAGUGGUAAUUUAUUGCCGUAUACAUUGACAGUGUUGUGUCAAAUGGUGCCUAUUUUUGAACAGGCGAAUUGUGUGCAGCGUAUGAAAUUCACACCGUACUGACUGUUCUCCGUUUAUGUAUUUUUAUGUUGCUGUAAUCCCAAAGGAAUGUGAUUUUGUUUAUCAGGACUGAACACGUGUGGCUGACAACAGACGAGCGGAUGCGCGCUGCAAAAAAAAAAAAAAAAAAAACUCAAGCAUGCGAGGCCGCCCAAAGGAGAAGUGAGGGCUGUAAAUGCUGUCAGUACACACAUUUUCCUGAGCGCACCCAAGCCCAAGACGGGAGCGGAACCGGCCUUCACCCGGGAACGAUGCCUUUUUUCUGGAUGCUGCUCUGGUUGCUAACCAACCCUUGGACUCUCCUCUCUCAUCCGGACGGAUGUGGCGUUCAGGAGGCUGACAGCUCACGCCGAGACGUAUUAAUGGAGUUAUUACAAUGUCAUAAUGACUAUGAAUCCUACGUCUACUGCACAUGGAGCGAGGGACCACACGUACGUCCCCCACUGCAGCUCCGGUUCUACACGGGAGGUAGCAGUGAGCGAUGCGAGAACUUUGACGACGAGGUCCAAAAGGCAGAUCAGAACAGGACUGUCCGGUGUAGAUAUAAAACGCCUUCCUUUUCCAUUGGCAUCCAACAUACGGUCUUCUUUGUCAAGGACGACACAAGUUGCUCACCAGCCCCACACAAGCCCUUGAAGCUGACUGAAGUGCGAGCACGCGCACCUGCGGAUUUGUCAAAGUUUGACGACGGUGAUGAACGUCUGUGGCUAAAAUGGUCCAGCCCUUAUCCCACGUCCUCUUCCCUGAACAAAAGCCUCAGGUACCAAGUCGGCUACAAGGCGGAAAGGCAGGACACGUGGACAAUUAUGAACACGACGAGCACAGAAGUCAAACUGGAGACGCGACUGCUGCUCCCGGGUCACAUGUAUGAGGCCAGGGUGAGGGCCCGGGCCGCCGUGGGCCACUGGAGUCACUGGAGCCCCCUGGUGACCUGGAGGAGUAAAGAAGACAGCGGGCACAUUCCCGUCUUGAAUUGUGUGCUGGACGGAGAGGACAAAUUCAUGUGUAGCUGGGAGGUGAGCGAAGACCUGGAUCACAUAAUUACCUACCAGCUGGCCUGUGGACACAACCGCACAGCGCCGUCUGAGAGCUGCUGCGUGAACUCCACCGUCACCUUUGACCCCAGGAGGCCACUAGUACACUACAGCUGCUCGCUGAGUGUCGCGAAAACCGCGCAACUGCUGCUGCAGCUGCGACCGACUCGCAAGGCAAAGACGUUCAGGGCCAGCAAGCACAUUCGUCCCAGGCCACCACACCAGGUGGCAGUGAGAGAAAAAGGCAACAACUGGAUGGUGAAAUGGACCGAACCCAGCACAGCCUCAAAAAUCCGACUAUAUUAUCAAGUGCGCUAUUACGAGACACGGGAUGAGCAGGGCUCCUCUCGGCUGCUGAAUGUCGCAGAAGGCUCCACGUCAGUGAACAUCCUGGGGAUGUCCCUGAGCCCGUUCCAGCACCACCGGGUCCAAGUCAGGUCUGUAGUCAUCCCCGGAGAGGGUUCACUCUAUGAAGGAAGUCCAUCCGAAUGGAGCAAGCCGGCGGAGUGGACCUCACGUGCAGUCUCGUGGCCCUUCACCGCCAGAGUGUAUUCCUCGAUCAGUGCGACUGUCGUCAUAAUCGUCUUCAUGGCGUUACUCUACUGCACCAUCUCAUCUUGUCAGAGGAAAAUAGUAAUAUGGGUGAAGACUGUUCCUUCUCCUGGCAAAAGCAAAACCCUGUCAGAGAUCAAGUCUGCCACCUCCUGGGCCUUGAUGGAGAACGAGAACACUUACGUCAGCAAUGUGCAGCAAUUGUACAACUUGCCUACAUGCGUCUCCCCCAGCCCCUCGCUGUGGCCAACUGAGGGUGCUGAAAAUAAAGAUUUGGAGCAGGACCGACAGGACUGCAAGUCUAAUAGUUUGCCCCCCUCUCCUGAGAAGGUUAAUGGCUGUAACCUCCCAGUGCACUUCAGCGGCCCAUAUAUCCUCUGCCAGCCAUUAGACUCCAAGAGCAUGUGUGAAGAGACAAAGAAGAACGAAGUAACUUCAUCAGAGGCUCCUCCCUUCGUGGUGGUCGCACACAAGGUAGAAGGUUACGUGUGCCUCCCCAGUGGCAGUGUCGCCACUUCCACGUCGCUCUGGGACGCCGGUGAAAACACGCAAAAGCAUGAGCAGGACCACCCGAGCGCAGAUAAAGCAGCGCCGUCUGAUAAGGUGCUCGACAUCGGCCCCGACGGCAGUGACCCGCCUCCGGCGUACGGCUCAGAGUCGGCCUGGCCCGCCAUAAGGGCCUCAGGGUACUGUCUUCUGCCACCUCCUUCUUAAGAGCACCGAAGGAAGGUGAAUUUUGACAUUUGCUUGUGGAAAGCUGUUUGUUCUGAUCUACUAGUGCACGCUUUAUCUUCACUAGUAAGACAAUUCAGUGACUAGUAGACACACUAGUAAAGGGCAUGUGUCACUUCCAGUACUUGUUGUGUGAUUGUAGUUAUUACUAGUAAAGACCAAAUUGUCCACUUGUGCCACUACUUAAGAGUCAAAGCGAGCAAUAGCAUAAAUUGUAUGACUAUACUAGUACUGCUAGUAAAGGCAAAAAUCUUCACUUGUUGAACAAUUAAACAGCGAAGUACUUGCAAGUAACUUAAGGAAAGAGAAUAAACGCUCAAACAGAUUUGCAUGCUUGCUGCUUGGGUUGAAGAGCCCCUUUCACAUCUGACCAAUGGGGGGCAGUAGUUAGCUGAGACCAAAAAAAGACUUGCUUUCCAGCACAAAGUACCUGUAGUUGCUACACAAGUAUUAUUUUGAUUGAAACAAAAUUAAACAGCGACUAUAAAUCCAUUCCGAUCCGAUGUAAAAAUGAGAAAAAUGUCUUUUACACUGGAAAGGUUUUCAUCUACCAUGUUCAUUUUUGUGGUUGUGGUAUUCAGUUGAGCUGCACUUUAACAUAAGGAGAUGUAGCAAUUUGGUUAACCUAUUUAGCUCCAGCCAUCUAUUUUCUUAGCCGCUUAUCCUCACAAGGGUCGCAGCAUAUUUAGCUACAUGAGAAGGCCAAAGUGUUCGAAAGUAUGCGCAUCUUUGACUAUGAAGAUGAGUGUUAAUGCUGUCAAGCAUCCAUCCAUUUCCAAGCUGCUUAUCCUCACAGGGGUUGUGGGAGUGCCGGCGCCUAUCCCGGGUAACUUCAGAAGGAACUGACUACACCCUGAACUGGUCGCCAGUCAGUCGCAGGGUUUUUCUGUCAGCGGGGUUGUACAAAAUGUCUUCUCUGCAAAAGCAGUUUUUCUGACAGGACUUAAUCUUAUUCCAUUAUGCGGGUGUAUUUAAUAUUAUUUUGCUUUUGCAUGUGUGCAUUACUCAUUGUAAUCACGUGGACAUUUAAAAAUGUGUUAUCCUAAUUGCUUCCAUUAAAAAAAAGUGAAGUACUGAAGUUCAUAAGUUCAUAAAUACUCUUGUGUUUGCUAUGUGGCCAUACAUGCAUGUUUGCACAGAGGUGUGUGUUUUUGGGACUUGUUGUCAAUGUCCAUGCUUGGCAGGCAAUGAAUAUCGCAAUGAUACUAAACUGCUGUGUUAAACAUGAGCGGUCGUGAUGGUGCGCCUAGAUAACCAAACCUUAUACAGUGAAGAAAAUAAAUAUUUGAACACCCUGCUAUAUUGCAAGUUCUCCCACUUAGAAAUCAUGGAGGGGUCAGAAAUUUUCAUCGUAGGUGCGUGUCCACUGUGAGAGAGAUCAUCUAA